UUUCAAAUACACUCGGGCUUGAAAAAUUAUCAAUUUGAAUCGAAAGUUACCUAAUAAUGAUGAAUUCGAAUGCAGCUAUGAAUUCUUUGACCAAGAAUUAUUUUCUGUUAGCGUUGUUUGUAAUUCACUCAGCUACCUCAGAUGAAUCACAGAUCUCGAAAAAUUUCAAAAAAAAUCUGACGGAGAUAAGUAAUACGGAGCAUGAAGAUAAUCAUCGAUACAAAAACCAGACUCUCUUUCUAAUGAACAAAAUGGACAAAUUGUUGGAACUAGAAGAACAACAGAAAAUAAGAUCUUGCAAAUUAGAUUUUUUAGAACGUCUUAUAGACCACCGGGUGCAAAUACGAGAAUCAAGAAAGAAUACAUUGAACCAAAUCUCAAAAAUGAUGUAUGAUAUUGAAAACAUGAAAUAUUUGAUGAAGAAGUCAUUGAAAAAGGCGCAAAAUCCGGAAACACUGGAAGAUUUAAUAGGCCAUGCGUGGAAUGAUAAGCUAUGGAAUGAGCAAGUCGAGUCAUUGAAUCAACUGGAAGAGCUGAAACAAAAAUUAUCCGAAUGGGAGGAUGAAAUUGAAUCUCCAACGCAUUUUAAUCACGUAUCGAAAGUUAUAAGAAAUAUUUUACGCCCGGAGGAAAAUUCAACAGAAGUACCAUUAAAAAUGAGUUGGAAUGACCCAAAUAAUGAAGAACCCUUACUGAAAUUUGACAUUGAUUUGGAGUGUGACGAAUUAGAGAAGCUUCGACGAUUUUCUUUAAUUAUACAAGAUGAACUUAAUGAGAUGCCAAAGCUAAGACACGAGAUUCCAGAAGAUCAUGAAAAAUCACAAUCUAAACCGCAAGACGCAUUACCCGAAGUAGCUGAUUUACCACUUUGGCUUCUCAAUGAAAAAGACAUCGAAGAAAUUCAAGAAGACUACAUCAAUUGGAUGUCAACAUUUGCGAAUCCCGAAAAAGAACGAGCGAAACAACUGAAAGAAAACAUUAUCAAAAGUGGACAAUCCAUAAACUAUUUCAGCAAAAUGUUAGCAGAACUUCUCAACCUUAUUCGUAAAUCAUUAGAAUGUAAAGCAAAAGACGACACCGAAUGCGAAGAAAUAAUUAAUGAGAUGAUGAACCGGGAACAUUUUAUAAAAAUUACGAAGGUUUUCUUUGCUGGCACCAAAAGAGAAGAACUUACAUUGAACAAAGAUUUCAAAUUAUAAUUAUUUUAUAUUAAUAGCGAAGCAUCAAUGAUAUAAAAUUACCUACCUACUUAUUUCAAUUUUCAAAUUAUAAUUUUCU